AUGGCCGACGUCAAAGAAGGAGGCAGGGAGGGUCGCAGCGAGAAGAAGAGCUUCUGGGGCAGCAUCUUCCGGAACAGGAGCCUCGUGAAGAAAGGGAGACUGGAAAACCCGGAAUCGCGCAGAGCGAGUGACGGAGAUGUCGCCCCGCGCAGACGUCACUCCGUCGCCGACAUGCGCAAGUCCCCGAGACCAGCCGAGUCUCCGAACGGCCACCCCGAUCACCCGGAUUACCGUCGCUCCCGCCGGCGGCCUAGAAGGCCGGACCCCGCCCGAGCCAAGGGGAAGGGCCGCGCACAUCCCCACGGGGGUCUCUUCGAAUCGGGACCGCUGACAGAAUGGCCGCCGCCCGGAAUGUCCAGCCAGGAAGAGCUCACUCUCGGCCAUGCCAUGGAGCUCGUCUCUCGCGGUGUCCCCGCUCACAAGGGACACAAGCGUCCGGUCCCGCACGCGUCGGAUCACUAUUACGCCCUGUACACCACCUCGGCGGGAAACCAAACCGACGAGUCCGACGUGGCCAACCUGCACGACUCCAUGACCCAGCUGAUGACCCUCCGUAUGCAGGGCGGUGGUGCGGCCAUCUAUCCCUGGGAGACUCUCGAGCAGCCGAGCUUUGCCUUCUUCUACGGACAGCAGCCGGGCACCAUCACGUUGAAUCAGUGGGCUUCUCUAUCUAGCAUUGUGCCGCCCACUAUCGCCCUGAGAGAUUCCGGCGUGGCGGCCCGAGAGGUUGAUCUGGCCCGUAUUUUCGAGCGCCUGAAAGAGUUGGAGUCUGGCCUCGAGGACGACGACACCGAGUGGAUGUACAAAAGCUUAUACCGCCGCUUUCUCCGCGACCCCGACAAGCUGAUGAACCCGCACAAGGGACUCGAGAAGCAGAUCACCGAUCUGAUCAUGGUCUUGUCUCGGCCGGACUGGAUUGACUUCACGAACCUCAAGAACCAAGUCGUCACUCGCUUUAUUUUCGACCCGGGCCGUGCAAGCCAACAUCAGUACAUCAAGUUCUGCCACCAACUUGUGCUCAGCAUGGAGCUGGAUUUGCGUAUCAACUCACGGCUGCAUGGCGAAUGGGCCAAGGAGAAGUUGCUGCCUCAGCUGCCGCCCACCAUCCAAUGGGAUCUUGCGCUCGCGAGACGUUGGCGGGAACACGUGAGGAUCGAGGGCUAUGGCAAGACAGUGGAGCAGAUCAACCUACGCUUCAGACUCAAAAAGCGGCAGAUCAAGAUGCUGCGGCGCUUUGCCCAGAUGAUGAAAUGGCCGAACCUGGGCCAAGCUCUCGACAAGAUGAAGCAGAUGGACAUGGAGGCGUCUCUCGACAUCAUCAGCUCCGAUGCCUUGGCCUUCUUUAGCGGCCUCGUGCUACCCGGGCCCACGUUCCCGUUCCUUAUCAUGAACACUCUCAUCGACAUUGAUCCGGACAAGGCUACCGACUCGCUCGCCAUGAUGACGCACCUCCAUCCCCAUUGCGGGUUUCAGUACAGGAACAGUUACACCUACUGGACUGCCGCCUCCAUCGUCGGAAAGGUACUUGCGCCUACAUGUCGGUCCCUGGCAGGCUGGGUCGGACCAGCCCGUCCGACCACGGACCUCGGGCGGUCUCAAAUCGCCCGCAUCCGGUCCCGCCGCCCUCGCCAGCGCAUGACACCAGAGGAUGUCCAAUCGAUGAGCGAGCGAUCCGAUCCCCUUGGACCUCCGGCGGAAGUGUUUCCUGUCAAGGAGUACAAGCUCGUGGCGCCGGACGCAGACGACAUAGUCGAUACGGUGCGCAUCGAGCUGCUCAGCUUCAGGGCAGUCCCCGUCCACUUUCAGGAGCCACCACCGGUGCCGAAGACAUUCGACGCAACUGUCCAGUUCGCCGUCGACGGGGUCUCGUGGCCUAUGCAUUUGACCUACGACGUUUCCUUCAUCUCGGCGUGGCCUUGCUCGGACGGCCCGCACCCGCUCUUCUUCGAUUACAUUUUCCAGACCGUCAAGGCAGACGAGGUUAUGAACAUCAAGGACUGGGGCGGACUAUACGGGCAGUCUCCAAGCGCGCGAACCUCCAGGACGAGCUCCAAUGCAGGCCCGCACACCACGAGUAGCCAGGAUCAGAUUGACGAGGAGCAGGUGUUGGUGGUGGAGGCGUUCGGAGUCAGAGACAAUGAGGUCCUGGCUCGCGCCUGGUGUUCGCACUGGGGGCUGAGCGCCGUGGUUGCAGAUAUUCGAAAGACCUGCAUGGCAUGCGCUAUCCGCGAGGCGUACGCUGCAACACUGACGGUUGUGAUCCUUGUGGACGACCAGGAAUACAACGCGGACGACUGA